AUGGAGUUCAAGCAGUGGGCAGAGAAUCGUUACCGGCACCCGGUGGUGCUGGUGUUUGCGAGUCUCACUGCCGACCAGGCCUGUCGUCGCAACGGUAUGGACUUGAUCCAGAUGCUUCGGCCCUUCUCUGUGCACCCGACGGAGCUCUUUGCACACCUGGGGGAUCGUGCUGACACCGUGCUGGUGCGCAACUUUGGGGUGCGACUGACUCGACUGCAGUGCGUGCGUGAGGUAGACGCGGUGCACUCUGCGCGCCACUUCCGCCACAUGUUGCGCGACCACGCGGCGAUGGAGUUGGCAUACGGGGAGCAGCUUGACCGUGUCAUGUCGUGCCUGCUGAACGAGAAUGGCGGCGUUGUAGAGGGGCCGCGGCUCACUGCACAGGUGGCGUCGCGGCUUCUAGAGCGCUCGCACCCGGCGUGGCACUCCCAGUUCAUCCGCGACCACGCGUUCCUGGUGCGCUGCAGCCAUUUUGACACUCUCGACCACCCGCUGGGGUGCAUUUACGCUGCCUCCACGCGUGAGGUGGACGGCAUCGAGGGGAUUAUGCGAGAGUUUAGGGAACAGCAAAAGCAACCGGCCGAAGCCCGGUGUGGCAUGCCCUGCAUGGACGAUGAGCUGCACAGUUACUUCCUGCUUCUGCAUGAUGUGACGGAGGGCCCGCCGCUAGAGGAGGCGCGACGCAUGUUCGCUGCGGUGCAGAUGCAGUACGGCCACAACCACUGCGCCCUAGUAAAGAUCAACUCCGUGGCGAACCCGCAGGACGUGAAGAACAUGGAUCCCUCGCUAUGGAUCGAAGCGAACAUGCUCGCCCUGGACGUUCCCUCCCGACAGGCGGUCCAUGCGGCGCAGCUGCGGCAGCAGCAGCAACAACAACAACAACAACAACAACAACGACAAAUCGCUGCCACGCCUGUUUUUGGAGAAGGCUCGGUGGGGGGCAGCAGUGUUGGCGCUGAACGCAACGCCCUCAGCAGCUCUGCAAACGUCACGACGAGCGUCUUGAGUUUUUCCGAAGGCAACAGCAACUCUACGAGCGGAAAUGAUAGCACCACCCCUGUCUCCCUGCAGUUCCCGCGUGUGACCACCAGGUUUGGCGACUGGUCAAACGGCAUGGCUAAGAUUACAGGCUGCUACUUGAGUCCUGAGAAUGUGGAGGAGUUGCGGCAUGUCAUGAAGUAUUACCUCUCACGAAGCCUCUUUAACUUUAUCGAGCGGAAGCUGCGGGUGUUGGUGCUGGCAAUCAACGAAAAACGUGUGACCACGUUUGGUAAGGUGGCUGCCUGGUUUCGUAACAAGGAGGAGACCAAGAUGAAGCAUGAAACCUGGGUUGCUGGCCGCGACGGCGGUCCCACGAUGUAUCUUGCCGGGUCGCUGGAGAUGCAGAUGCGCCGUGCCGCCGAUCUUCUGUUGGCACUUGCAGACUACGAUGCUGCAAUUGGUUACUACCGCAUGUGCCGCAAUGAGGCGCUCUCAACCGUGUCGUCGCGGAAAUUUAACAGACCACUGAUUGCGGCCUGUCAAGAGGGCAUUGGUGUGUGCGAGUUGCUGCAGGGACGACUGCCGCUCCCGAGCCUGGUGCCCUGGGCGACCGGUGGUACUGCGUCCAAGGGCAGCGGUGAGUGUCGAUUAGAGGUCGCGCAAAACGACUACGUGGGAUGCCAGGUGGACACCUACGCCCUGCGGCUGUCGCUCCUACUCUACGAGUACUGUCGCACACGGUCUCCACCGGCGGUGGAUCGUGCCUCGGCCGCGCUGCUGCACGUGCAACGUGUUGGGAUCGGGUCCAAAAACAAGUUGUACUCCGCCCUGUUGCAUGAGCUGCUGGCCUUGAUGUCACUGUUCCGCAACCCGCCACAACCUGCGGGGAUGUCGGUCCCUGCUUUUCUACCAGACAAUUUUCCGCUGCGUUCACACGUUCGCCAGUACGCGCGUCACAUGAUCAUUGCGGGCAGUGCACACCUAGAUAACAACCUUUUUGAGAGUUCACUGCGUUGCUACUUGCGUGCCUUGCGUGUGUGUGGCGGGGCUGGCCGUCGCGGUAAUUGGCAACUCAUAUUUGAGCACCUGCACACGCUUUUGGCUCACAUGUACCGCAAACUUGGAAAUCAAAUACGUGGCAUGGCCAUCGCGUCCAUUGCGGUGUCAAUGGGGACGCCUAUGUAUAGCAAUCCACAGACCGGGCCUCGCAACUUCGACGCGUUUUGGAGCCAGCAGAGGCAGGUCAUGGGCAGCCUCGGCUACACGCUUUGCCCGCACAUGGUUGCCCCCUGCAUUCAGUUAGAGUCCAUUCGCGUCAGUACGAACGCGCUUCACGCCGCAGCGGCGACGGCGCCAGAGUCGGAGUCUCAGGCGGUCAGUGACGAGCUGGCGGAGGUGGAGUGGCAGAAGCUGGAGGAAAAGCUGCGACGGCACUACACGGGAUGCACCGCCGCCCCGUUGCGUGAUCGUUUUAGGGUGCGAGAUGAGUUUGGAGGCACGCGGCGGCCCGAGGCCGAGGCAUGUAUGCGGCGUUACUCCAUGCAUCUCACGGAGCCGUUGGAAAUCACUGUCACGCUGCAGAAUCCCAUUGGUGGUCCCCUAACAGCCGAGAAGCUUUGUCUCUUGUACGUCGCAAAGCAAAGGCCCGAUCAGCUGUGGAAGAGUGCCGCUUCGAAGACUGUGGAGAUGCCUGCAGCGGCGUCAAAGUCCGUCACCUUGUCCUUCUCACCAAGCGAGGAGGGCACCUACGUCAUCAUUGGGCUUUGUUGGACUCUUAUGGGGUUGGAGGGUUAUUACUACUUCGCCACGCAGACGCACAAGGCGGACGAGGACGGCAACGCCUACGGUGGGCCCUUUGAGUACGCCAUCGAGCACCCCGUGCCGGAUGUUGCGUCCGCGGCAAAUAUGGAAGUUGAGGUUGCGCCACCGCAGGCGUGGAUCACGGCACGACUUAACCCUGAAGUUCCACCCGUUAUGCGGGAUGGGGAGUAUUACCAGACAACGCUGGUCCUGACAAACAAGAGCGCCCACCGCACGGCACACAGCAUCACCCUGCAACGUAGUCCGAGGAAUGCGCACGUGGUCUGGCUGGAUGGCUUCAGCUUGGAACGUAACAUUGAUGCGGAGGCGACGUUUGUGCUGGAGGGGGAGCUUGCCCCCAAUACAAGCCUCACACUGCCAAUGACGGUGCAGGCCCAUCAUAGCCGAGACUCCUCCGCACGGUGCAAGAACAACAUUUUUUUCCUUGUGGGGUACACCUCAGGAACGCCAAAGAAGGAGGGUGUGGGGUCCCCUGGUGCCUCUACCAAUUCCUCGUUCGUGUCUUUGCGCUUUCAUCGGUUUCUCCGCCGUUUUGUGGUGAAAUCGGCCUUGCUGCUCUCCUCCAGGGUUUUGCCCCCUGCGAACUUGACCAUGGCAACGGUGGCGCUCAUCACGGCCAGUAACGUCUCCGAGGCACGAGAUCCACCGCUGCGGGUGUCACGUGUGCUGGUCGUGCAUCGACCGCUAUGGCGCGUUGCCCCCACAUCGCUUGGGAGCCUUUUGGCGGACAACGCGCUAGACUGUAUUUUGUCCCCCGGCGCGGCUCUGUGCGUCCCACUCAGCGUGGUGAGUAAAGCACCCUCUGCCACGGCAACCCCCACGGGCGGUGCGAUGGCGAUGGCGGAGGAGGUGUGUAUUGCGCUGUCGUCAGCCCUUCCAGGACCCGCACGGCGCACUGCGGUGGAGGCCAACGUCGGGAUCAGCGUCGUGAACUCAGCGAUGAAUGCGUACUUCAUGCGCUGCAGCUUUCGUGGGCCCGGGGUCAUUGGUGAGGUGAAGGUCCCCGAGGGUCUCCCAUUCUACCUUGACAAGGCAGGAGCUUCCGCGAUGCUGGCAGCAGCGGGCGGGGGGAGGCCCCGCAGGAACAACAACAUCACCCCCAUUCGCCGCCACCGCCGCCGCCGCCGCCGCCGCCGCAACAACAACAACAACAACAAUGGCAUUCACUAG